AUGGCUUUAAGCAGAAACAUCGAUACAAUUAGAUCAGAUAGAAAGUCCUUUAUGGGCACCUGGUCCGUCGAUGAAGACAAUAAUAAUUCGAAUGAACCUGCCCCGCCACUUAUGGACCAACGAAAGGACAUCAGAUCCCUUAUCCAUCAACUAGGUAAACUAAUGGAAAGGGAGGUACAAAUCUGGUGGGACAUAGCAACCCUUGAUUUCUACGUUAACAACAAUAUAGUACCACGAGGAUUGAGACUUUUUGAAAGAUCAACCUACAAACGUCAUGAUCCAACACUUCUCAAGAAGUGGGACCAACUUUUGGAUAAAGGAUCUCUAUUACUAAUGGUAUUCCUUAUCAAUGAGAAGAAGAAAGAUCUUACCCAAUUAGAUCAGGAAAUUACAGAAUUGAAAAUUGCCAUUCGCCCCCUAGUGGAGAAUGGAGAAUAUGUGGAACUUUUGGAUACAAUAGAAAGGAGAGUGAAAGAUAUUGAGAUGAAUAUAAGGGAAAAUAAAAGAAAGAAGAUUCUGAGAGAUCAAGCCGACUACAAAACUCAAACACAAAGAAAUUGGAAGAAAGACCAAACAUCAAAGUACCAAUCCCCUCAAAA